AUGAAAUGUUCCGAAAAAUUAGCCUAUAAAAAGUUAAUAGACGAAUUAAAAAACGAAUUUCCAUUUUUCCAAAAAUACCCGGAUGAUUUUUUUUAUAGUAAAAACAAUGAAAAAUUAAAAAAAAGAGAAGAUUUUGACGCCAUUUUAAAAACUUCUGAACAGAAAAAUGAUGUAAAGGAGUACUGUAAUUUAUUAGUGGAAGAAUUAGAGAAAUCAUUCAAUAUGUUGGAAAAAAAUAAUUCCAUAAAUUAUCUAUGCAAUAUAUUUUUAAAUAAUUACAAUAAUUUGACUAAUGAUUAUUACGAUUAUAUUAACAGUAGUUAUACAAAUUCAGAGACAGUUGAAAAAAUUAUGCAAAAUUACAUCAAAGGUGGUGUAUCAGUGAAGGAAAAUAUUGUCAAAACAGAAAAAACCAAGAUGAAAAAGGAGAAAGAGGAAGUAGAAGUAAUUAAUACUGCAGAUAACAAUUUAAAUUCCAGUGCAAAUAAUAGAGACAAUAAUUAUAGAAAUCAUAUGAAAAACAGCAAGAAAAAGGGAAAAAAGAGUCGCGCAAAAAUCAUUUCCAAAGGCAACCGUAUAACGAAAAAAGUAGUUAACUCCAAUAAUACGAAAUGUGUCGAAAUGAGGGGAAAUUGCCAGGUGAACGAAAGAAGCAAUAAUAGUAGUACCAGUAAUAGUACUAAUACCUGUAAUAACAAUAGCAAUAUUAACAACAACAGUAAUUGUAGCAGUAGUUGCUCUAAGAAUAUCGGCUACUCAAAUCGAGGAACAAGUGAACUAAAAAACUUCUUCAAAGAGGAAAUUGUGAAUAGUAGUGAACUCGGAUUUUGUGACAUUUCAUUUAUCCCAUUUAUUGACAAUUCUUUUUAUAUAAAUUAUGGGUGUAUUGAGACCAUUUUAUGCAGUGAACAGUUAAAUAGCAUUUUUAUGAUUGACAAUAAAAUGACAAUAAAUAACAAGGACGGAUCAUUAAAAUAUAAAAGAUUAAUAACCUUUGGACCCUCAGGAAAAAUUGUUUUUUUGCGGAAUGUAAGAAAAAGUUCGAUCGUUAAAGGGUGGAUUUGUAAGUCUGAUUUAAAGCGAAAAUGUUUUUUUGUCAAAAUUUUUUAUAUCAGAAAUGAGGAAAGUAAUGAUGACAAGGAUAAAGAAAGACUGAAUAUCUGCAUUGAGAAAAAAUGUAAGGACAGUGACAAUGGUGAUAGCUGUGGUAGUAGCAACAGCAGUUGCGAUAGCGAUGUAUGUGCUUGUCUUCCGUUUUGCUUUAUAAACAAAUUCGAAUUCUUAAAUGACCUUAACAUUGAAGGUAUCCAUUUGGAUAAUACAGUUGACAGGUUUGUAGGAAUGCAUAUAUGUGCGCAAGUUUUUGAAGACACAGAUUAUAUCUAUACACAUUUUCGAGAUAUUAUAUAUGCACAUACUUUUCAUUUUUUUAUCACAUUUUAUUCUAAACAAUUGUCAAACAUUGAUAAAUUAGGUUUUUUGUCAAAGGAAUUAAAUAACGAUUUUUUAGUAGAAAAAAAAAAAAAUUCAAAGGAUAACUUUUUAUUAAAAUAUUUUAAUAUGUUAUUAUUUUCAUGUCGAAAUUUUUUAAAUUUGAAAAAUCUAAAAUAUAAAGAAAAGUUUCUCCUCCUAGAUCUUGCACAUAUGCCUUCCUUGAUUAAAUUUAACUAUAGAAAUAAUUAUUGCCAAAUACAUAUUGGUAAUAUUAUUACGAAGAAGCAAAAUUUAAUAUGGUCUAACCAAAAAUUUUUGGAAGCUUUUGAAAUUUACAAGAAUAAUAGUAAAUAUUAUAAUUUUCUGAAGAGCUAUUUCAACCUAGAUCCGGUUUCCAAGGAUUGCAAGUUUGUGUAUGUUUAUGAGAAGGACAAUUUUGUCGUUGAAAGUUGUUCUAAGGAGCAACGCGCAAGUAGGGAGAAAUUAGAGGACACAGCUGGAUACGGGGAUGACGAUGUGAAAAAUGGUGCAAAGGAUGAUAAGAGUUAUGAUGAGAAUAAAGAAAUUAUACAUAAGAAAAACGCCCUUCAAACAAAUGAAAAUUAUCAGUGUGUAAAAGCAACGAAUAAAGAACUCGUUGAAAACUAUGAGCAUUCUCACCCUUUCCUAAAUGAUAAAGAAAAUUUUAUUAUUAAAAAUAUCAUAUUUUUAAAUUCAAAUUUGUAUAAAACUAAAUGGAUUUACAAUUUCUUUAAUUGCAUUAAAUUAACAAUUAAUUUAAAUAAUCAACAUAUUUUAGCUAAUUUCUUACUCAGUCUCGUUUUACUAGAAUUAAGUUGCUAUACUGAAUCUUUUCUGUUUCUUUUUAGGAUUUUUAAAAUAAAAAAAAUGUUUUUAGAUAGCUAUAAAUUAAAAAAUAUUAUUUGCUCCAUUUUUAUAAAACAAUUAAAAAAAAACAUAAAUAAAGAAAUUUUAUGGAAUGUUAUAAUAAACUUUAAAGAAUACGAUUUGUUUAACAUGAGAGAAGAUAACAGCGAACAAUAUUGCCGAAACAUAUUCAUGAGAAACCAAAAUAUAAUUAGUACCCUUCAAAAGAUAUAG